AUGGCUACCUCAACUGGGACUUACAAUGAAGUGAAUUGUAAUAAUAAUAAGAAGUUGCAGGGUUCUUACAAUGGAAGCUCUGUAAAUGGAGAGUGGGGUGUGCCAACUUUCCAGCACCAGCAGACCAUUUCUAUGGAUUGGAGUCCUGAGGAGCAAGCCCUAUUGGAGGAGGGUUUGUGCAAAUAUGCCUCUGAGACGAGCAUUAUUCGAUACGCAAAGAUCGCUGUCCAGCUAAGAAAUAAAACCGUGCGCGACGUGGCAUUGCGCUGUAGAUGGAUGACCAAGAAAGAAAUUAGCAAGAGAAGGAAAGAGGACUUCAAUGCUAGGAAAAUCAAAGACAGAAAGGAAAAGGGUAUCGAUUCUUUGGCAAAGCCUGUUCGUUUAGGGGUCCAAUCGUCGGGUUUAUCUCAUGCUCCUCCUGGAUUGGUUUCUAAAUUCAAUGAUGACGUUAUCUCGUACAAUGAUGCAGGCGGGGCUGCUCGUCAGCUGCUGCAGCAAAAUGCUUGGGUUUUUAAACAGAUAUCCACAAAUCUUGCCACUCAUCAGAUACAUGAAAACAUUUGUCUUCUAAGUCGAGCUCGAGACAACAUAUUCAAAGUAUUGAUCAACUUGAACGACAUGGGCCCCACGAUGAGGAAAAUGCCCCCGCUUCCUAAGACCGACCACCGCGCCACCGUCUGCCACCGGCGCCAUCAACACCGCGACUUCUGUCCAUCAUGCCCCCCGGAGACGCCCGCCAUCAUCUACGGACUAAGCUCCACUGCAGAAUCUGCUCACAUUUCGGGCCAAAACACCACCACCAGUCCACCGCGCCGCCUUCUACCACAGAGAUGGCAACCAUCAGAAACACCGCCGUUGCCGCCCAUCGUGGCCACCGGAGGCGUCCGCAGUUUGGCAUUCGCCCCAAGCUUCACGUCGGCCUCCUCUAGCAACCACCAAAUCGCUGCGACAAAGCCAGACGAUUCCAUCGCCGCCAACACCAGGAAAGCUUUUGCCAUAGCCCGCAAUCGUCGCCGGUCACAACAUGCUCCGUCGGGAUGUUGA